UGUCAUGGGACAGAGUUCACAGCUCGCACGGCUCGUCCAGCUCCUGCUAGCCACUGCCUUCGCCUUGGCCUCUGCGGACCCUGGAAAGAUCGUCAAUGGCACCGCCGCCUCGCCCGGGGAAUUUCCUUUCAUUGUUUCCCUGCGCCGUGCCAAAAGUGGGCACCACUCCUGCGGUGCCACGCUGCUUAACUCCCACUGGGUGCUGACUGCCGGCCAUUGUGUGCGUGGCUCCUCUCCGGAGCAGCUAAACCUUCAAUAUGGAAGUCAAAUAUUGGAACGGAAUGCCACCCAGCUGCUCCGCGUGGCAGGAAUCUUCGUCCAUCCCGGUUACGAACCGGAAGACAAGUACGCCAACGACAUCGCCCUGCUGCAGCUGGCCGAUCGAGUGACAUUUAGCCAACGUGUCCAGCCAGUACGACUUCCCGAGCCACGACAAACCACGCCCGGCAAUAUCAGUGUUAUCCUAGCGGGAUGGGGUUUGAAUAAGACGGGCGGCUCGGUGCAGGAGCAACUGCAAAAGGUCCAGCUGCAGGUGUUCAGCGACAAGGAGUGUAGUGAGCGGCAUCAGGUUCAGCUCCAUGACAGCCAGAUCUGUGCGGGUUUGCCCGAGGGCGGCAAGGGUCAGUGCAGCGGUGAUUCCGGUGGCCCCCUAAUCCUCACCGAUAACAACGGUGGCUCCACUCAGAUUGGGAUCGUUUCGUGGAGCAAAAAACCCUGCGCUCGGCCACCCUAUCCUGGAGUCUUUACGGAGGUCUCUGCCUACGUCGACUGGAUUGUAGAGACAGUGGGCAGCUCUUCGACACCAUCGUCGCUUUGGAUUGGCCACCUCAUCGUGGGACGCUCACCGCCGCCUAAACUGGACAGCUUCUAGACGGGAUUCUCUCGAGCCACAAUAAAAAACUACCGAUUCACGUAA